AUGAAGACCACCGCCGCUAUCGUCUCCGUCGCUGCCUUUGCUGGCCUUGCUGCCGCUCAGCUCCCCGCCAAUGCCCCAGGCUGCGCGACUCGCUGCUUCACGACCAAGGUCAUGGAGGCUAGCACGCUCGCCCCCGGCGUUUCGCCGUCCGACAUUGCUGGACUCUGCCGCAGCGCCAACUUCGUCCAGGCCUACGUGAACUGCUUGGGCGACCACUGCACCGGCAACGACUACACCACCGGCAUCACGCUCGGUCAGGCUGUCUGCGCCAACGUCGGCGCUUCGCUCCCCUCAACCGGAGUCACUGGUUCGGCCACCGAUGUCCUCCGUACCCUCUCGUCGGUUCCCGUUUCCACCGGCUCCGAGACCGCCUCGGCAGCUGCAUCCUUCUCGAGUGCUCUCGCCGCAGCUGGCGGAGCUAGCUCGGGCGCUUCGAUGAGCGGCUCGUCUAUGGCUUCCGGCGCCUCGUCGGCGGCCGGUGGAGCCGGCGCUUCGUCGGCCACCUCAGGUGCUGCUGGUGCUGCCUCGACUGGCAUGUCCGGCGCGAGCGGCGCCGCAUCGACCGGCAUGUCGGGCGCGAGCGGAGCUGGCUCGACCGCGACUUCCGGCGCAGGCGGUGCCGCGUCGACCGCCACCUCGGGAGCUGGCGGAGCCGCCUCGACCGUCACCUCUGGCGCGGGUGGUGUCCUCUCGACUAUCACGAGCGGCGCUAAAGGUGCGGCCUCGACUGCGACCGGCGCGGCUGGAUCAGCUGCUUCGGCUGCGACGGGUGGCGCCAAGAGCGCCGGCAACAACCUCUUCGUCCCGACCGCCUCGCUCCUCGGCGCCGUCGCCGCUGCGAUCGCCUGCUUCGCCUAA